AUGGUACUACCACGCGCCUCGCGACCUCUCCUCGCCGCACUCGCCAUCACCCUCACCUUGCUCCUCUUGGCUGCCAGCCACCGCCACCAGACAGGACGCUGGGCACCAGCCGCCAACUGGUCCGACGACCCUGCCAACGGCGGCAGCAGCGAUUACAAUGGCGAGCUUGCUCGCUUUACUCAUGACCCUGAAGGUCUCACGCUGUAUAACCCCCACAAGCCGUUCAACUACAUGUGGAAGAACGAGGCCAAGCUUCGCCGCCUUGCCGUGUGCAUGGAGCGAGAUGACUGCCAUCGGAAUGCGCUCAAGUUCGUGAUUAUCGGCUCGUUUCACUGUCAUAUCGCCGUUUUCAACAACUACCGCGGCGGCGAGGGCAUCUGGUGCAUGAACAUGAUUGACUCACUCGAGCGACAAGGAUACACCGUCCUGAUUGCCGGCGAGGGUGACUGGGGUUACAUCGCGCACCUGAAUCGGCAGUUCCCAGACUAUGUCCGCGUCAUCCUAGCCGACGACGGAUCUCUUGAAGGUGGCGAGCCUGUCACCAAGAUGAUGUUGGAGAAUAUCAAGACCGAGGGGAACCCACACGGCGUCCCUGCGUGGAAGAUCUUCCGCUUCUCUUUCUUCCCAAACGGCUUAUCGACCAUCGUCGGCCAGGCGUGGUCCGCAAUCGCGGAGCCAGAAUGGAAGAAGCCGACGGACCAAGGGUAUCGCAACAUGACAUAUCUUGGAUACUCGCUCGAAGAGGAUAACAUUGAGAUCAUUCCCUUCCAUGACCGACCGAUGCGCGCAUACAUCCUCAGCAAGCGCGUGCAGUACUUUUACGACGUCUUCGGCAAGCCCAUGAUUGGGCGCGAUCAGAUCACGCGUGCGUAUCACGAGCUGCGCAAGGAGUUCCCGACUUUCGAGUUUGUUGGUGCCUUCAUCGACGACCGCACGAAGGAGGAGCUCGAAAAGCUGGGCCCAAUGGAGGUGCCAGAGGGUGUGCGCAACCUCGGCAAGCUGAGCCCCGAGGCUUGGGGACACGAGGUCGCCAACUCGCGGGUUAUGGUCGGCAUUGGGUUCCCGGUGUCCUCACCCAGUCCGUACCAAGCCCUAGCCCACGGAGUACCCUUCAUUAACCCUCACCGCAUCGACGAGGGUCAUGACCCGAACGACCCAUACACAUGGUUCAUUUCCCAACACGAGUUCCUCCGGAUCCAUGAGCCGCCCGAGGUGUACCAGUACCCCGAAUACGACUAUGACGCGUUCGUCGGCGCCAUCCGGCAGGCCUUGACGCACGAGAUGAAGCCUCACCUUCUCGAUCGCCUCACUCGCAAGGCUCUUGACAAGCGCUUGCGCGACUGGGUUGAGGGAGACUGGCUCACUGCCGCCUCCCUCAUCCGUGAGAACCGCCAGAAUGGCGGGGUGGAGACGGAGUUUGGGCCCUUGGUGGGCAUGUUUGAGCUGUAG